UUUAUCCGUAGUACCGUUGACUCGUUGCUUCUAUGAAACGCAAAAAACUUGAGCGUUGGAAAUCGCACAAUGGAUGGACAAAAAAGUGUUGGUAGCUUAAACAUAGCUACAAAAAGACCAAUUGAUGAUGAAGCCAAGCUUAGAACUAUCAACAUGCGUCGAGAACAAUUGAGCACCAAUAAUAAACAACCAGCUCAAGAUCGACUUAAGCGUUUACAGACAAAACUAAAGCAAGUGAAUAACAAAAAACCAGAAAAAGACAGAAUUGCAGUUAAGAAAACCAACAGGAAUAGCAGCAGUAACUCUCCCAAUACCAAUGUAAGCAAUAACAACCAACAAUUCCAAGUCAAAACUUUAGUGGAAACAUCGAUACCUGAAUCAAACCGAUAUGCGGAGAAACUAAGGACUUGGUCCUAUGUCGACAAGCCGAAGAUCGGACAGCCAUAUGAAUCAGUUAACUCCUCUGCGAGUGGCUUCAACAAAAGUCGGACGAUUCCGAAUCCCUUCGCCAAUCGUGGCAGCAGCAGAAAUGCCUGGGCAAAGCCCAAAGCGCUCCUCGAUGCCAGCAAUAGGCUGGAAGUCAAUCGUUCCACAAGUGCCAACCAACGACUGGCCCUGCUACGUGAAUCUCUCCAGCAGAAACAUAAGGAGAGCAUUAGCACGAUGAACACCAACAACAACACCACCAACACCAACAACAACAGCAAUAACAAUCAAUUGAUGAAACUGCCAGCCGAAACUGCCCCAAAAAUCAUUAAACCCGAAAAGACAAUCAAUUUUCCAAACAAUAAUUUAUCAACUGAUGAAAUGGAGCCCAUGGACAUAGACUGUGAUCAGCAGGAAGAGGUGACAACUAAUAGCACUGUGGUGGGUUUAAAUGGGAGCACAACGGUUUCGACAAAGGAAGAACAUUCGGAUAGACCUUUGCUGGAAUGGAUAUCAUCAGAACAGGAGCUACCCAAACGUCUCGAGGAUCAUAUGUAUUUUGUGCUGGACACAAAUGUGCUCAUGAACAAUCUGGCGUUUGUGGAGGAUCUGAGCCGAGUGGCAUUGGGGGAAACUAGUGGCAGUAUGCUUUUCAUACCCUAUAUUGUCAUCAAGGAACUGGAUAAGCUCAAGGACAGACGCAGCGAGGAUUCACUUAAGCGCACAGCUGCCAUUCGUGCUAUACACUAUCUGAACAACAAGUUCGACGAUAGCCUCAAGAUUCAGGCUCAAUCUGCGCUGGAGGAGGCAGAACAUUUGAUCGAGGUGGAUUCUGCAGAUGAUAGCAUUGUUAACUGUUGCCUACAGUUGAUGGCCCAGGUGCCCAAUCUGAUGCUCCUGACCAACGAUGCCAAUUUGCGCCUUAAAGCCAACGCCUCAUCGAUAUUAGUUUCGUGCCGUUCCGAUUUGUUGAAUGACUAUCGGGAGAAAUUUGAUGCAUUACCAGUAUAACGAUAACACUGCCGUCUGGCGAUGAUGAUGAGGUGAAGACUGCAUCUGUGAUAGGCAUUUGUCGGAUGGCAGAACAGGAGCAAGUAGGAAGUGAGGAGUAGGAGAAUAUGGUGGAGAUAAAGUAACCACUGCACCGCGGCCAACAUGAAGUACAAUCGCAUCUAAUCAAACCAAACAUCAAUAUAGAUAGAUAUCUAUCUAUACAACUUUUAGUCUACACAGUCAUCAUACAUGUAGAUAUGUAUAUACAUACCUCACCACAUACAUUACAUCACAAAACAAAUCGUACACUGAAUUAUAAACUUUGAAGUUUAUACAAUAAGAAAUCCGCCUCGUUCUAUUUACAUUUUGAUAAGCCAUAUACUUAUUGCCCUUGAAUCUGACACUGUUCGGGGUGUUUUGUCUUUAUAAACAGUUUUGCAGCGGAAAAUCAAAUGUAAAUAAUGUUCAAAUAUGUCAAAUACUAAAUAAAGUAUUUCUUUUCAAAAUG